AUGAAAUUUCAGAAAUUAUUUUACAUUCUAUUUAUUAUUCUGAUGGGUCUGCUCUUUAUUCACGGACAGAGACCAGUAAACCAAGGUCAACGAAGAAGAGCCCACAGACACAACUGUUUCCUGAAAAGGUGUAUGCCUCUCCAUUCCAGAGUACCCUUCCCCUGAGGUUGGAAUGCUGUGGAAAUUCAGAGAAGAUGAAAUAUAACCACAGGACAUUGUAUUAUUUAU